AUGGUACCUAAUGCUCACCUUUUCAUUCUGCAGUUUCACACAGCAGCUUUGGAGCCAGCUGGACAUGAAUUUCCGUACGCUAUUGAAAUGAACCACCUUGGAGAUAAGGCAUUCAUGCCACAGGGACUGAAAAAGUUAACUUCUUUGACCCUCCAGGAUUGCAUUAGGCAGCAAGUGUCCCCAGACCUCGGAGGCCUGUUUUUCCUAGAGCCAAGGCAUCCAACCACGGGCAAGCAGGGAAGCAGUGUAGAUGCUGACAAACUUGAUGUGGAUGACUACUGCUUAGAGUCUAAUGGCUUUACUAUACCCUCAGCCCUGGAUUUUGUCUCAGAAGAUGAAAUGUUGACACCGCUAGAGAGAUUAGACAAGAAUGCUUCAAGUGAGGACGUAUUUAACAGACAAAUGGUGGCCCAGAGUUUGCUGGUUACAUUGAGGGCUGUCAGUGACAAUGAAAGAGACUGUAUUGCUGUUAUGAAAUGAAUUAGUAAAUUAGCUGAUGGUUCAGAAUCAACUGUGAGAGCAGAGCUAAUGAAACAGAUGCCUCACAUUGCAUUGUUUUGCAAAGUUAACUGGCAUUCAAGAACAUAUGCUUUUUCCAAAUACUUACUACCUAUUGUCAUUAGAUAUCUCAGAGAGCCGAAUAAGGAGGUGUGGGAAACAAGUCUGGAAGCUUUGCUGGCUCUUCUGGAGCAGGAACCGAUUGAGCGAUUUGAUGUGGAGACCAAAGUAUGGCCUCUGAUCAAGGAGCUAUCAGCCCCAGAAAGUGAUGACUUCAUGAAAGCAGAAGUUCUGCCUAUCAUGUGUAAGAUAGCCCCCAUGGUUGGGAAGGAUAUUGCAGAAUGUCUUAUCCUUCCUAGAUUUUGUGAGAUGUGCUGUGAUUACAGAAUGCUUCAUGUUUGAAAGGUCUGCGCUGACAAUAUUGGAAAUACUUGCAGUGUAGUUGGCCAGCAAGCUACUGAGAAAAUGCUGCUGCCAAGGUUUUUGCAGCUGUGUUAUGAUAACAUACGGGGAGUCAGGAAGGCUUGUGCUGCAUGCUUCAUGGCAGUUUCACGUGCAACACAUCAAGAAAUUCAAAGGACCCUGCUAUUAACACUAUUUGUGGACUUGAUCAAUGAUCCCUCAUGUUGGGUUCGCCAAGCAGCUUUUCAGUCUUUGGGACCUUUCAUAAGUACUUUUGCUAAUCCAUCUAGCUCAGGACAACAUUUUAAAGAUGAAAAAAGUUCAGAAGAUAAAAAUAGGAUUCAAGGUCAAAACAUUGCUGAGGAUGGGAAAAUCAGACAAGAAACUGUUUCUACAGAUCUCAGUACCACUAAUUCCAGCAUCAAACUGGGAAACAUACUGGAAGAUGGUGCUGCUAAAACUUGUAGAAACUCUUCAUGUGAAAUACGCAUUCCAGUGGAUAGCUCUUUACUCUGUACUUUGUCCUCAGAAUCUAAUAAGGAAACAGCCAGCAAUAAAAUUGAUAAUAAAUGUGGUAACCAAUCUGUAUUCCCACCAGAGGUUGGCACCAAUUCACAAGAUUGCACUCACUUAGAUCAGGAAGCAUGCAACUCUUUCAAUUUCCAGAGAGCUCUUCAUCAUGAACUUGAUCAUCCUGAGCUUAAACAGCCUGAACAGCACUCUGGGAAGAGAUUCUGCCCAGAGAGACCAGAAGUAGUAUCUGAAGUUCCUGUGCCAGGUUCUACCAGGAAAGAACUGGAAGAAUCAAUAAAAAACCUAGAGCCCCACAUUGAUGAUCCAGAUGUUAAAGCACAGGUGGAAGUGCUGUCCACUGUGCUGCAUGCUUCCUGGCUGGAUGCUCAUGAGGAAACCUUCAGUACAGAAAAGAAACAUGAGGUGCAAGAAGAGUUGGAUAUGGUAAAUGAGAUACCUAGUUGUAACAUAAAUCAAAAUAAUUUUGUGCCUUUAGUCAGUGAUGCUGUUGACAAUAUAGACACCACUGCUCACCAUGUCCACAGCCAUGCUGAUGCAAGCACCAGCAGUGGCUUCAGCUCUGAGGAGAGGAGGCCUGAAGUGCAAGAUGUUGUACCCCAGGUUUUAUUGGAUCAGUACUUGUCAAUGACCAAUCCCUCUCUUGCAGACACAGUUGACACUGAAAUCACUAAGCAUUGUGCAUACAGCCUGCCAGAUGUGGCCCUGACACUUGGCAGGAGGAAUUGGCACUACCUGAGAGAGACGUACAAGACUCUGGCAUCAGACGCACAAUACAAAGUUCGAAGAACUUUGGCAUUCUCCAUGCAUGAGUUUGCACUUAUCCUCAGAGAGCAGUUGACAGCUGCAGAUCUGGUUCCAAUUUUUAAUCAAUUUUUAAAAGAUGUUGAUGAAGUCAGGAUAGGUGUCCUUAAACACUUGCAUGAUUUUCUGAAGCUUCUUCAUAUUGACAAAAGGAGAGAAUAUCUUUUUCAACUUCAGGGAUUUUUAGUGGCGGGUAACAGUAUAAAUUGGCGUUUUCAAGCUGAACUGGCUCAGCAGCUGAUUUUACUUCUACAAUUAUAUCCCAAAGAUGUUUAUGACUAUUUAUGUCCCAUUGCUCUGAAACUCUGUGCAAACAAAAUUUCUUCUGUUCGUUGGAUUUCAUACAAGCUUGUCAGCAAGAUGGUGAAGAAGCUUCACAGGGAGACACCUGUGACCUUUGGAGCUGAUCUCAUCCAUGAGCUGGUAGAGAAUUUUGGGAGGUGUCCCAAGUGGUCUGGUUGGCAAGCCUUUGUCUUCAUCUGCCAGAAUGUCAUUGAAGAUGAUUGCCUCCCCAUGGAGCAGUUUACUGUACAUUUGAUGCCAUAUUUGCUGAUCUUGGUGAAUGACAAGGUUCCAAAUGUUAGAGUGUUACUUGCAAAAACAUUAAGACAAACUCUCCUUAAAAAAGAAUGGUUCUUAACAUCUGCUAGUUGUUAUCAGGAAGCAGUGGAGCAAACCAUCAUGGCACUUCAGAUGGACCAAGACAGUGAUGUGAAAUAUUUUGCAAGCAAACAUCCUGCCAGUAUCAAAGUCUCUGAAGAUGCCUUAAACUCAGCCUUCUCUCUUG